UUAGUAUUAUAAAUAUGAUGCUCAUAAUAACAAUAAUGAUGACGAUACUCAGGCUAUCAACUUCAUCUGAGUGGUCUGAAAGAGAUCCUGUAAUGGAGGAUCCUACAGACACCAUUAUAGCAAUAGGUUUUGAAGGAAUGAAAGCACCUGAGUUCGUGAGACUGUUCGCCAAUUUUGGACAGAUAAAGGUUCAAGAUGACGGCAACCAGAUGGUGCGAUUCAAUACGGCAAGGCAGGAAGGAAUUGUCACAUAUGAAUCAUUGGAUGCUGGCAAAAAAGCACAGGACACUUGGAACGGCAAAGUAAUUAAUGGAAAAACAAUUCAAGUACUGGCUGCAUCUAAACGCUUCAGGAAUUAUCCAGAACGUGGUCAAUGCGGUCAUACAGAGUACAACGCGGCUUGGGAACACUGGUUUCAAGCAGAGGACGGAUAUCAAGACAAUUGCAUGGGACAACCUGGUGGACCAGGAAGUGGCGGAAGGGGUGGUAGAGGUGAUCGCGGUGGUGCCGGCGCGCGUUCGGGGGGUGGUGGUUAUAUUGAUGGAGAAGACGGGGAAGAUGGUUCACUUGGGCGUGGCGGAAGAGGCGGUCGUGGUGGAGGUUAUGGUGGUGGUGGCGGUAGUAGCGGAGGUGGCGGUAAAGGAGGUGGUGGCGCUGGUGGCAAGGGGGGUGGCAGUGGCGGCUAUAUGGACGGAGAAGACGGGGAAUAUGGUUCAUUUGGACGUGGCAGAAGUGGCGGUCGUGGAGGGGGUUAUGGUGGUGGAGGUGGUGGUGGAGGUGGUGGGGGCGGAGGAGGAGGUGGUGGCAGAUAUGGUGGAGGUGGAGGAGGCUAUGGAGGUGGUGGCGGUUUUAGCGGGGGAUCGGGGGGUCAAGGCGGUGGUGGUAGCGGCGGAUACUAUUACGGAGGCGGAUACGGCGCUGGUCAAGGCGGAAAAGGUGGAAAAGGUUUUUUUGGUUUCUUCGCAGGACAAGACGGCGAGAACGGCGAACCUGGGCCUAAUGGAAGGGGCGGAAGGGGAGGCAAAGGGGCUUUAUAA